AUGGGUGAGGAGCAAGCAGCAUCAGUAACCAAACAAUUCCGACAAUUUGAUGUCGUAACGGAUUACUCGGACCAUGAGUAUGCUGAAUUAAAGAAUCCACCAAUAAAUACCGGAAGCGCAACCUACAAAACGAUCAUGAAAGAAUGGAAAGUGCUAAGGGACAGCCUCCCUGAAUCAAUCUAUGUAAGAGUUUAUGAGGGAAGGAUCGACCUGCUCAGAGCUGUGAUUGUUGGGGCCUCUGGAACACCAUACCACAACGGCCUCUUCUUUUUCGACUUUCAAUUCCCUCCAAGCUACCCGGAUGUACCUCCACAGGGACAUUAUAAAUCAUUUGGCCUCCAUUUGAAUCCAAACCUUUAUGAUUCAGGGUAUAUCUGUUUGAGCCUCUUGAAUACAUGGCCUGGUCCAAAGUGGGAACCUUGGAGGUCAACAAUGUUACAGGUGUUGGUUUCUCUCCAGGCACUGGUACUCAAUGAGAAACCUUACUUCAAUGAGCCUCUACUGUUGAUAUGGUUCGAGAAGCUAUCGACGAGGUACAACAAUGAUGUUUUUGUGAUGUCAUGCAAGACAAUGAUGUUUCUGCUCCAAAAAAACCCAAACAACUUUGAGGAUUUCAUUGUCGAACAUUUUCGCAGCCAUGGACGUGAUAUUUUGACAGCAUGUAAGGUGUAUACAGAAGGGUUCGCGACAGUCGGUCACUAUCAAAAUGAAGACUCGUUUUUACCAGAAAGAGUCCAUGUAUCAAGUGAGUUCAAGGAUUCAAUGACCUGGGUAUAUCCAAGACUUGUUAAAGCCUUUGAAAAGAUUCAAAAGAACGGUCCUAACGAUCCUUCUUUGAGGAAUUUCAUUUCACAGUUGGAUCUAAUGAUUGGAAAAACUAAAGCUGAGUAUAUACAAAAGUUGGAAGAAAACAAGGAAGAAAACAAGAAGAGAAUGAUGAAACUGGACUUCUUUGGAAAACUGAAGGAGAUUUUUGGAUUGAACACGAGUGCAGAAAGCAAUGCGGCUGGAAUUGAAGCAAGUCUUCUUGAAAAAGGUUCAGUCGGGACAAAAGGAAUUGAAGCAUGUUACUGA